AUGCAUCGACUCGGAGCGAGCGCAGGUUUCUUCGUGGCUCUCCUCACGGCGACAUUCUUCCGCCUGGACACGGCGAGCGCACUGCAGUCCAGGUGCCGACCCGCGUAUCGGAACCUCCCAGGAGGUGUCAUACACACGGCCUGCAAGGGUCCGAAUCCGAAAUGCAAGCUCGACAAGAGGCUCACUGGGUUGAAUGAGCAGCUGAAGGAUCGAGCUCUGCAGAUUCAGAACAACUACCGUGCCGAGGUCGCAGGUGGCGCACGGUACAAUUACAAGCAGGCAAAAGACAUGUCCGAACUGGAGUGGGACGACGAGUUGGCCGAGGUCGCACAGGCCUUCGCCGAACAGUGCGUCUACAGCAAACACGAUAAACCCGAAGCCCGAAUAACGACCAAGUUCAAAUCGGUGGGACAGUGCAUCGGCUGGUCCGUCGACACGACGAAGCAGACUAUCACAGAAGUUGAUCCGUGGAUCGAAGAAUGGUAUCGGGAGCACUACAACUACAACCCCGAUUUUGUCUCCUCUUACAGCACCAGAAGAGCCACGGGCCGCGUAGACCGCUUUGCGCAGAUCAGAUGCCUGCCUGAGUACAAGAACCUUCCGGGCGGCAUCAUACACACGGCCUGCGAGCCUCCGAACCCUCUCUGCAUUAUCGACUACUCGCUCACGGGCCUCAGCGACUAA